AAGAAGGCUAUACGAUUUAACGCACCACAAGAUUCAGAACACAAAAUACCUUUGUUAAAGAAAAAAAAAAUUAAAUCCAAAGAGUUUAAUUUGUGCUUCUCUCAAAUCCCAUCUCAAUAUCAAUCAUCGAUGAUUCACUUUGUGCUUCUCAUCAGUCGACAAGGAAAAGUGAGGCUCACAAAAUGGUAUUCACCAUACUCUCAAAAGGAGAGAUCCAAGGUAAUUCGAGAGUUAAGUGGGGUAAUUAUCUCUCGAGCCCCGAAGCUGUGCAACUUCGUGGAGUGGAGGGGAUUCAAAGUUGUUUAUAAAAGAUAUGCUAGCCUCUACUUUUGCAUCUGCAAUGAUCAAGAAGACAACGAAUUGGAGACCCUGGCCAUUAUUCAUCACUAUGUUGAGACACUGGAUCGCUAUUUUGGCAGUGUUUGUGAGCUGGAUUUAAUCUUUAAUUUCCAUAAGGCAUAUUUUAUAUUGGAUGAAAUUUUGCUCGCUGGAGCGAUGCAGGAGACUAGCAAGAGAACAACUCUCAGACUGAUAGGUGCACAGGAGGAUUUAGUGGAAGCUGCCAAAGAGGAAGCUAGUUCAUUGAGUAAUAUAAUUGCGCAGGCCACCAAAUAAAAGAGGGUCAUCGAGGGUUGAAAUUAUGUUACAUAGGCAGCACAAAAUUUCCAUGCUGGUGAAAAUUUUGUUCUAUAGAAAAUCAUUAAAAAAAAAAACUAUAAUAAAUGAUGUUAUUAGGAGUUUGUUUUAUGAUAGAACCAUAAUCAAUAUAUGGAUUCAUGCCCUGGACUAUACCUGGCGAAAUCAGAUUUGAUUAGUAUUUUAUUGA